UGCUUUCAUAAAAUUAUUUUAAGAUGCAUUCAUUCUAUGUUUUAUUGGUACAUGUUUGAAGUGUACGAUGGGAGUGGCAGAAAUGGCGGUAGCCUGUUCUCAGAUUUCUCUCCCUUCCACUAAUGCCCAGUACUUUCAUUUUCCCUCCGCCACGUAACUAACCAACAUGAAAAAAAGGAAUCCUUUCCAUGUUUUUUAACUUCGAUGCAUGCACUUCGGCUGCUCAAUUCCACUCCAAAAGGAAACCAAGAAGGGAAACAGUUCUACCCUGUGUUGCUGCUUCACAUAUUUUUCUGUUUUGAAGAGAUUGUGAAGAUGAUAUCCAAGUUAAAGCUACAAGAAAUAGUUCAGGCAGAGUAUAGUAAUGUGCCCACAUAUGUAUUCGCCAAAGAUGGAUCAGACUGUGCUCCUCAAUUCAGGGCAUCUGUUAGUUUCUGUGGGCUCACCUUCCAAAGUCCUGGGAGCUCUAGGACUUUGAGAGAAGCUGAGAAUGCUGCUGCAAAUGUUGCUCUUGAUGCCCUCUUUGCUAAACCAGAUGACGAACACAUGCAAACAAAUGGGCCUGCUGUGCCUAUCCAAAUCCAGUCUGGUGAAAUACAUUCAAAUUUGCAAAAAGAAGCAAACAAAGAGGAAAUGCUACAACCACCAGGAAGUUUACCCUCUACUUCUGAGUCUGGCAUAACAAAUAUGCUACCAACAAGUGGACAGAAAGAACAGACAGCUCAAUUACCACAAAUUCAUCCUCACUCAUUUCCCAGCUCGAGAGUACAUUUUGCAUCUCCUCGUGGAUUGUCAGCAUCAGACAAUUCAGGAAGAGGAACAAACAAACAAAAUAUGGGAAACAUCUGUUCAAUUUCCGGCAAUUCCAGGAAUGAGAAAAACAAUGAACAAGAAAAUAAUAUAACUACAGGUAUGCUAGGAAAGAGGCAGCGGCCUGAGGACUUGCAACAACCAGAAGAAAGAAUAUCAAUUUCACAGUUCUGUCCAGGCAAUCAUAAAAGUCAGUUGUAUGAUUUUGCUAUGGCAUGUGGUUUUCAUUUCCCGGCUUACUCCAGUAUCAAUGUUGGUCUUUCACAUAGGCCUCGUUUCAAGGCAACAGUUAAUUUUGAUGGUCAAACAUUUGAGAGUCCAGGAUUCUUUGAUAAAUUGCGGCAAGCUGAACGUGCUGCCUCAUUGGAAGCACUCAAUUCAUUUUCUGAGAGAGUAUCUACCUUGGUUGAGUCACCUAUAGGCAAGAUUCUUUUGGAGAUAAAAGCACAGAAAGAAGGAAGUCCUUUGCCAGUGUACAAGACAACUAUAUCCAACGUAUCAUGUAGACCUAUUUUCACAAGCACUGUGAAAUUUAAUGGGAUGGAAUUUGAAGGCAAAGCUGCCAAUAAUAAGAAGAAAGCAGAAAACAAUGCAGCUACGGUUGCGUGGUCUGCUCUUAAAGAACUCAAAGGAUCAACUGUGUCAACGUUACAAGUUCCUCGUGAUAAGGGAAAAGCACCAGUUUGUGAAUCAAAUGAUCAUCCACUUACCCAGAUGAUCAAUCAUUUGAAGGAGGAGACAAUAAGGGCUGCAUCAAAUGUUUCGGCCCACAACCUUCCCAAAGCUAAAAGAUUGGCAUUUGAAGAUCAAGUUAAAAAGUUGACUAUGGAGAUGGAGCGUCUCCAAGAGCUCAUUACAUCCAUCAGCUAUGGCUCAUGUACAUUCGGAAAGAUUCCCCAAGGCACUGAUCAGUCGCAAGUUCAACAAGAAAAAAAUGUGGAUAAUGAUUCAAGGUGGGGCAUACCAGAUGUUGGUGAUCUCCCGACCAAUGGAUGGGUAAGUUGUGGCAACUUUGACAACAGGGGUCAACAUCCUACAGGGUCUCAAGCCAAUCCUAAUAUAAAUCAUUCUUUGGCUCAACCUUGCACCAACCGCUCUAGGGAGAUUGCCCAAAACACUGAUCAGGCAAGAGUUCAACAAGAAAAUAAUGUGCAGAAUGUAGUGGAUAAUGUUUCAAGGUGGGGCAUGCCAGAUGUUGGUGAUCUCCCCUUCAAUGGAUGGGGAGGUAGUGGCAACUUUGAGAACAGGGGUCAACAGCCUACAGGGUUUCAAGCCAAUCCUAAUACAAACUAUCCUUCAGCCCGACCUUGCACCAACCGCUCUAGGGGCAGACAACAGUUUCGAGGUCGUCAUAAAGGCCGAUCAGGUGGGCGUUUUGAUGGAUGUUCUAAUUGGGCUUCACCCCCUACAAAUGACAAACAAGCACCUGCAUUCCAGUGGGCUGUAUGUUCUAAUCAAAAUGGUGUUCAACAAGAAAGAAAUGCACAAAAUGGAGCACUAAAUGUUGGUUCUGGGUGGGAUGUAGCUGGCAUCAGUGACCCUACAACAACUGAAUGGGAUGGUUGGGGUAACCCUGAGGACAUAAAUCAGCCUCAAGUGGGAUCUCAAACGACUACUUGGAGGGACUUCUCUUCAGCUCAAGGUCGUCCUAACCUCCCUUCAGCUCAAGAUCGUCCUAGCCGCUCUAGGAGCAAACCACGAUUUCCCAGCCAUUCAUCAGGUCGUCGUGGGAGAUCUUUCUCCUCUACAAAACACACAGAGUGGACUCCACCCACUAGAAAUGACAAACAAUUUCCUAGGUUGGAGUUGGCUAUAUCCCCUGUUCGAGCUAAUGUUCAAGAAGAAAAUGUGCAAACUGAAGAAACGGAUGAUGAUGGUGUAGAGUGGAUAUUACCUGAUUCUAAUGAUCCUCCAGCUGUUGUAACGGGAGGUUGGAACAAUUUUGAUGACAAGGAUCCUCCUCCCACAACAGGCAUUGUUGCUCCCUGUGCUUAGUUGUGUGCCUGUUUUUAGUCUGAACAAAAUGUGUUUCGGUAUUUGACAUCAGGUAUCGUGAAACUUAAUCAAUUUUUGGCUCUUUUGUCUUCGAAGUGUGUUAAGUGUGAGGUGCCACGCCUUUCUCACCAUUUCCUGAAUCUUACUAUGCAGACUUUCUUCAUUACAAAAUUAAUGGACUUCUGCCGAACUCUUUUUUC